CCCACCACCAUGGCCACGCUUCUCUUUCUAUCCCUCGUCUUGUCAGCCUUUGCCAUGGCAAGCGCCGCCGCCCCACUCCAAGGCGCCUCCAGGGACCGCGCCGCCCUCCUCUCCUUCGCCUCCGCCAUCUCGUCCGACCCCAGCGGCGCGCUUGCAGGCUGGGUCUCCCUCGGCUCCGACGCGUGCAACUGGACCGGCGUCACGUGCCACCGCCUCAAGAAGCGCGUGGUGCAACUGGACCUCAGCGGAAGGGGCCUCCGCGGGGUCAUCUCGCCGGCGAUCGGCAACCUCUCGUUCCUCGUGGUGCUCGACCUCUCGGGGAAUUCCCUUUCCGGGACCAUUCCACCGGAGAUCGGAUGCCUCUCUCGCCUGCAGCAGUUGAGCCUGUCGAAGAACUUCCUCGUCGGGUCCAUUCCCGUCGAGCUUGGGUUCCUCCGCCAGUUGAUAUACCUCGACUUGGACAGCAACCGGCUCUCCGGCCGCUCGCCGAGGACCCUCUUCUGCAACUGCACCUCGUUGCAGUACGUGGAUCUCUCGAACAACUCUCUCUCCGGGAAAAUCCCUCUGGCCGAUGAAUGCCGGCUCCCCGACCUGAGAUUCCUCCUCCUGUGGUCCAACAACUUCGAGGGACCGAUCCCGACCGCCUUAUCCAACUCUUCCAUGCUUGCAUGGAUCGACUUCGAGUCUAAUUACCUGAGUGGAGCGCUGCCAUCUACCAUUUUCGAUAAGAUGCCGUUCCUCCAGUUCCUGUAUCUGUCAUACAAUAACCUGUCAAGCCAUGACACCACCACUGACCUCACUCCCUUCUUUGCUUCCUUAAGGAACUGCUCCCACUUACAGGAGCUUGAGCUCGCCGGAAACAAUCUGGGAGGCCACAUACCACCGCUCAUUGGUGAUAUCUCAAUCAAUCUCGUUCAACUUCACCUCGAUGAUAACGCCAUCUCCGGUCCAAUCCCUCCCAACAUAUCGAAUCUAGUCAACUUGACCUACUUGAACCUGUCCUACAACUACUUGAAUGGUUCCAUACCGCCGGACUUAUCUCGGUUGAGGAAGCUAGAGAGAGUGUACUUGUCCAACAACUUGCUCUCUGGUGACAUCCCACCAUCUCUUGGAGGAAUCCCGCGCUUGGGUCUUCUUGACAUAUCAGCAAAUAGGCUUACAGGGUCGGUUCCUGACAGCCUGUCCGAUCUGUCGCAGCUACGAAGGCUGAUGCUUCACAAAAACCACCUCUCCGGCAGAAUCCCGGCGAGCCUUGGCAACUGUAUAAAUCUGGAGAUACUGGAUCUUUCGUAUAAUCGAUUGACAGGGAGGAUUCCGAGUGAUGUCGCGGCGCUGAGCAGCUUGAAGUUGUAUCUGAACGUGUCUUCCAAUCUCUUGGAGGGUCCGCUUCCAAUGGAGCUCAGUAAAAUGGACAUGAUAUUGGCUCUGGACUUGUCGUCCAACAACUUCUCCGGAGCAAUCCCUUCUCAGCUCGGCAGCUGCGUCGCGCUCGAGUAUCUCAACCUCUCCGGGAAUGCGUUGCAAGGCACACUCCCGAGUUCCGUGGGAGCUUUGCCUUAUCUCCAAGUGCUCGAUCUCUCCUCCAACCGGUUGUCAGGCAUCAUGCCCGAGUCACUGCAAGCAUCUGCCUCGCUGAAAGACUUCAACAUCUCCUUCAACAACUUCUCCGGAGCUAUACCAACCGAAGGUCUAUUUGCUUCGCUUACCGCAGACUCCUUCCGAGGCAAUCCAGGUCUGUGUGGGUCUAUUGUCGGCAUGCCCUCAUGCGGAACGAAGCCAGCUCGCUGGUCCAUUGCCUUGCCGAUACUUCUCACCGUGAUCGGCACCACUUGCAUCAUCUGCCUCCUCGCUUAUUCACUGGUCAGGAAAUCAAGAACGUGUUGGUGUUCACACCGGACAUCUCAUCGCCAGUCGCUGAUCGCUGCGGAAGAACAGAAGCAGCACCACCCAAGGAUCUCCUACCGGCAACUCGUCGAAGCCACCGAGGGUUUCGCAGAGUCGAACUUGGUGGGCGGCGGCAGGUUCGGACAUGUGUACAAGGGUACUCUGCCAGAUGAAACGAGGAUCGCAGUGAAAGUAUUGGAUCCAAAGUGUGGCGUAGAGAUAUCAGGGAGCUUCAAGAGGGAGUGCCAGGUGCUGAAGAGGACCAGGCACAGGAACCUAAUCAGAGUGAUAACAGCUUGCAGCAAACCUGAUUUCAAGGCUCUCGUUCUUCCGUUGAUGCCCAAUGGGAGCCUCGAGAAGUACUUGAAUCCUCCCAUUGAAUCGACUCCUGGUCUAACCCUGAUUCAGGUGAUAAGCAUCUUGAGUGAUGUAGCUGAAGGAAUGGCCUAUCUACAUCACUAUGCUCCUUUUAGGGUCAUACAUUGCGAUCUUAAACCCAGCAACGUUCUUUUGGAUGAAGACAUGACAGCACUGGUAUCAGAUUUCGGGAUCUCAAAACUGGUGAGCGGCGUUAACGAAGACUGCAUCGACGACCCCGAAUCAUCUGGGUUUCAUUCUAUCACCGGACUACUGCAAGGCUCGGUUGGAUAUAUUGCACCAGAAUAUGGGUUGGGAGGGCACCCUUCGACACAGGGCGAUGUCUACAGUUUCGGGGUUCUACUUCUAGAGAUGAUCACAGGGAAGAGGCCUACGGACGUGAUCUUUCACGAGGGACUCACCCUGCAUGACUGGGUGAAGGGUCACUACCCACGUAACAUAGAGGUCAUCACAUCACGGGCACCGUUGGGGCAGUACCGCUCUACCUCAGCCGACCACAAGAAGCUGCCGAGAGACGUGAUGGCAGAGCUGAUAGAGCUGGGGAUCGUUUGCACGCAGUUAUCUCCGUCGAUGAGGCCGACCAUGAUCGAUGUCGCCCACGAGAUCUGUCUUCUGAAACAAGAUCUCGCCCGACACGGCGUUGAGGAUGACACCGGAUGCUGUUCGACGCCCAACUCAUCUUUCUGACGCCAUUAAAUAUGGUAAAGGCAGACAGCACUUGAUCACCAUAGAGACCUGUGAAUGGUGGCUGCAGCAUUAAAAUAGUUGCUCAUCCAUCCAUCCAUCCAUCCUCAAAGAAUAAUACACUUUGGAGUUUGGUAAGCACCGUCAGUGACCUCAAAUAUAAACUAUGGACAGAGAGUCCGUAGUUUGGCGAGCACUCAGGUGUUCUGAAACACCAGUCAUGGAACAUUGUAUGUAGCCACUGUUUUAUAAAGCUGGCCACCUUCAAAUAACAUCCUAUAGUGUUGUUUCUUGUUUGUGCAUGUCUUCUUGGUGAAGUACUACUGGUAAUGUCAGUGUUCUUUAUGGCUCUCAACACAGAGCUUUCUUUAUAUGUUUGCUGGUCAAAUGUAAAUGGAUAAGCUUUUGCUCUAUUGGUAAA